UCCUCUUCUAGGUGCUAGAGCUCCAAAUCCCUACUGUAAAGUACCAACCCUUCUUUCAACCAAGUAAACAGCUGCCAUAGAUAACAGUUUCAGGUUGGGAAGUUGAUAGAAGGUGUAUGACUGACACUAACACUCCUGAAAAUACAUAGCAUCCUUUUAUGGAAAUGCGGUGGGCGCUGGUUUGGAUAAAAGAAAGAAUUGUGUCACCCACUUUCAUAUGGAAGAAGCUCUGAAAGUGACUGGUACCUGAGACCCUGAGGUGAAUGUUCCCAGGUCGGCCCCUUUCAAGCACCUAAAGAAGAAAGCACUGCUUCUCCAUCUAGAAUUCAACUAAAUUUUUUGUUGAAUCUCUCUGUCACAAGGUCCACGCUCAUUAGCCUAUAUUCACACUCAUAUCUCAAAUGUUUCGAUGUACCUUGGUUGGCUCAGUAUCUUGGUGAGUCAGUAACACUGAUGUGUGUUAUCUUGGGACACUGCCUUCUCUUAGGAAUUUUUGAAAGGAGGCUCCUUUUGGUUCCUGUUCCCAAGGUGAAACCAAAGUUUGAGCACACUUUUAAAAUGGAGAAGCACGUUCAGACGAUGUAUCUUGUACAUUCUGAACCAUAUUAUGCCUCAUCCUUGUCUCCAGGGACCCUAAAAGCUCUCCAGGGAUUGGUGGAACCACAUUCCCAGGUGCAUCCUACACUAUAAAGCAUCCCUCCUGCACCAUCGGAAACAUCAAGACGAUUGCCACUUCCUGGCCUCUAUGCGAGUUAACACAGAUGGUCCCUGGCUUCACAGGCAAUAGAAGGUGAAGCAGCCCUUGCCCUAGGCACCAGGUGAGCAUGCUCACCUUCAACGGCUCAGUCUUCAUGCCCUCUGUCCUCACACUCAUCGGGAUUCCCGGACUGGAGUCCGUGCAGUGCUGGAUCGGGAUUCCAUUCUGUGUCAUGUACCUUAUUGCUCUGAGUGGGAAUUCCCUGAUCUUAGUGAUAGUCAAACACGAAAGCAAUCUCCAUCGUCCUAUGUACAUUUUCUUGGCCAUGUUGGGGGCCACGGACAUUGCACUUAGCACCUGCAUUCUCCCCAAAAUGUUAGGCAUCUUCUGGUUCCAUUUGCCAGACAUCUCUUUUGAAGCCUGUCUUCUGCAAAUGGGGCUUAUUCACUCCUUCCAGGCCAUUGAAUCCGGGGUCCUCCUGGCGAUGGCCCUAGACCGCUACGUGGCCAUCUGUAACCCCUUGAGACACGCCAGCAUCUUCUCCCGACAACUCCUGACUCACAUGGGAGUUGGGGUGACACUCAGGGCUGCCAUUCUCACAGCACCGUGCCUGGUACUUAUCAAACGCGGUCUUAAACACUAUCGAACUACUGUCAUCUCCCACUCUUACUGUGAGCACAUGGCCCUCGUGAAGCUGGCCGCUGAAGAUAUCCGGAUCCACAAGAUCAUUGGUCUAUUUGUUGCCUUCACCAUCUUAGGGCUUGACAUCAUUGUCAUCACUGUGUCCUAUAUUUCGAUCUUUAUCACUAUCUUUCGGCUGCCCCAGAAGGAGGCACGAUUCAAAGCCUUUAACACCUGCAUCGCCCACAUCUGCGUCUUCCUGCAGUUCUACCUCCUCGCCUUCUUCUCCUUCUUCACACACAGGUUUGCUUCUCACAUCCCGCCCUGUGUUCACAUCCUCUUAUCCAACCUUUAUUUGCUAGUCCCACCUUUUCUCAACCCCAUUGUCUAUGGCGUGAAGACCAAACAAAUUCGUGACCAUGUCCUGAAUGUGUUUUUUUCCAAAAGACAUCUUGAUCAUUAG